AAGCACUUCAAGGGUUUCUUAGUGCUUUAGGUUGAAUUCGAAAAGUGUUUUUGCUGCUCAGCUAAAUAUAAUAAAAUGACCUCAGUGAUAAAAAUUGUAUUUAGCCUAAUUUUGGUAACUUACGUUUCCACAACUUCCGUAAUUAAAGUGGGCGCCCUAUUUCCAAAACUAUCUAAGCAACAAAGUGAUCCAGAAGUAGCCUUUCAAUAUGCUGUACAUAGACUUAAUCAUGACAAGAGUGUGCUACCAGAUACCAACCUGGUACACCAUAUUCAAUAUAUUGCUAAGGACUCUUUUCAGGCUGUUCAAAAAGUAUGUAAUCUCAUCGAGGGCGGAGUACAGGCUAUAUUUAGUCCAACAGAUUCAUUUUUGGCCACCCAUAUUAAUUCAAUAUGCGAUGAUCUUGAUAUACCAGAUAUUGGAAUUAGUCGAUCCGCUCAAAAGUUUUCCAUAAACGUUCAUCCGUCGCAGCAACAUAUUAAUCGAGCUUUCAUCGAUGUUAUACGAUAUCUAAAUUGGACAAGGUUUGGUAUAUUAUAUGAAAAGGACCACGGUAUAUUAGUAUUAAAUCAAUUUUCGCGGUCAAUUGAUGCUGAGGUCCACAUAAGACAAGUAUCGCCUGGUUCGUACCUGUCUGUUCUUCACGAGUUUAAAAACAAUGAAAUUCACAAUAUCUUAAUUGACACAAACUCGGCUGGAAUUUCAAUUUUAUUAAAAAAUAUCCUUCAGCAACAAAUGAAUGAGUAUAAAUUCCACUACUUGUUUACAAGUUUCGACUUAGAAAAUUUUGAUUUGGAGGAUUUUAAAUACAACUUUGUGAAUAUAACAUCAUUCCGACUUGUUGAUAUGGGCGAUGUGGCGGUAAAAGAAAUUCUUAAGGGUAUUGAAUUAUUCGAUAUUGGAAAUUUGAACCGAAACGAAUCAACCUAUAAAUACAAAAAAACAGUUAGCAUUCAGACAGAGGCAGCUUUGAUGUUUGACUCAGUAUAUGUAUUUGCCAUCGGAUUGCAGUCUAUGCACCCGUUAAUUCACAUAUCAAAUUUGACUUGUGACGAUGAAGUCCCGUGGAACGGAGGCCUCAGCUUGAUCAAUUAUAUUAAUGCGGUUGAAUGGAAAGGAUUAACGGGACCUAUACAAUUUAAAGAUGGUCAACGAAUUCAAUUUAAGCUCGAUUUAAUCAAAUUAAAGCAACACUCCAUCGUGAAGGUCGGCGAAUGGACGCCUCAGGAUCGUCUUAAUAUAACGGAGCCCUCGUUAUUUUUUGAUGCCGGUUCUAUGAAUGUGACUUUAGUUGUAAUAACAAUAUUGGAAACGCCCUACGUAAUGAUGCGUUACGGUAAGAACUACACCGGAAAUGAACGCUUUUAUGGCUUUUGUGUCGAUAUAUUGGAAACAAUAUCGCACGAGGUUGGAUUUGACUAUAUACUAGAUUUAGUUCCUGAUCGAAAGUAUGGAGCCAAAGAUCCCGAAACAGGCCAAUGGAAUGGAAUGGUCGCUCAGCUAAUGAAAUAUAAGGCGGACUUGGCUGUUGGGUCUAUGACAAUCACCUAUGCAAGGGAAAGUGUUAUAGAUUUCACAAAACCAUUUAUGAAUCUAGGCAUCAGCAUUUUAUUAAAGGUGCCCACAACAGAACCAACUAGACUGUUUUCUUUCAUGAACCCUUUAGCUAUUGAAAUAUGGAUUUACGUUUUAGCGGCAUAUUUACUUGUAUCAUUGACCAUAUAUUUAUUGGCAAAAUUAUCGCCGAUUGAAUGGCGUAGUGUACACCCGUGUGAUGUGGAUCACGUAACGAUAAUCAACCAAUUUUCGAUAUCUGAUAGCUUUUGGUUCACCAUUGGAACGCUUAUGCAGCAGGGAUCAGAUAUAUAUCCGAGAGCCGCAUCUACCCGAAUUAUAAGUAGUGUUUGGGGUUUCUUUUCUCUUAUUAUAGUUGCAUCAUAUACCGCUAACUUGGCAGCAUUUUUAACUGUGGAGCGUAUGAUGAACCCGAUUGAAAAUGCUGAAGAUUUGGCUAGCCAGACGGAAAUCUCAUACGGGACUUUAGAAAGUGGAUCAACAAUGACAUUUUUUCGGGAUUCUAUGAUAGAAACUUAUAAAAAGAUGUGGAGAAUUAUGGACAAUAAGAAGCCUAUGGCAUUCACAUCAACUUAUGAGGACGGCAUAAGGCGUGUUAACCAGGGUAACUACGCAUUCUUAAUGGAAUCCACAAUGCUUGACUAUAUUGUUCAGCGAGACUGCAAUUUAACUCAAAUAGGGGGCUUAUUGGACACAAAAGGAUAUGGUAUUGCCACACCUAAGGGAUCUCCGUGGCGGGACAAGAUAUCAUUGGCUAUAUUGGAGCUUCAAGAAAAGGGCGAUAUUCAAAUGCUGUAUGACAAGUGGUGGAAGAACACGGACGAGACCUGUAAGCGGAUAAGCAACAAUAAACAGUCCAAGGCGAAUGCUCUGGGGCUCGAAAGUAUAGGUGGCGUAUUCGUGGUGCUGCUUACUGGAACAUUGGUUGCAUUUAUUGUUUCAUUCCUUGAAUUUAUGAUUCAUUUUCGACAAAAAGCGAAAUCAUUACGGAUAAGUCACAGCAACUGUAAGAAUCACGGCCACCUUAAUUCAUCCACCGUUAAGGAUUCACACACAGGGAAAGAUUGGAUUUAUUUAUCUUCGUCACGUUCUCCCUGGGUUGAAAUGUUUGAAGAGCUAAGAUUUGCGUUAUGGUGUACCAAUAAACGUCAACGCCCAGAAUUUAAAAGAUGCUGCGCCGAAUGUCAAGUUAAUUAAA